CACCUUAACUGUUGCUUAACGCUGCACCCACAAAUACAACAAUUCCCUCACCUUCACCUUACGUUUUCUCUCUCUCUCUCUUUCUCUCUUUCUCUCUUUCUUAAAUCUUCUCUGAUUUUUUUCUCUUUCUUCCAUCUGUCUCUCUCUCUCUUUCUUUCACUUCCAUACAACUACCCACCGUUCUUCCAUGGACGGGGCAGCAGAGAACCACACCACCUCCUCCUCCUCUUCGUCGUCGUCGUCGUCCUCCUCCUCCCCGGACACCAAUCUCGACGUUGUCGGUGUGGCGGCGGUUUCGCCGUCUUCGUCGUCGACGUCGGCGGUUCGUCAAGCUCUGUUACUCAUCCAAUCCGACGAUGGUGAUUUGAAGCUUAAAGCGGCUAAGGAAAUUCGGCGGCUCACCAAGACUUCACAGAGGUGUCGACGUCUUCUCUCUGAAGCUGUACAACCACUCGUCUCCAUGCUCCGACCGGACUCGUCUGAGUCGCAUCACGAGUCAGCUCUCCUUGCUCUCCUUAAUCUCGCCGUUAAAGACGAGAAGAACAAGAUUAGUAUUUUGAAAGCUGGUGCAUUAGAAUCAAUUAUCGGUUUCCUGCAAUCAGGAAGUUCAAACCUACAAGAGUAUGCAACUGCAGCUUUACUUACACUCUCUGCUUCUGCAGAAAACAAGCCAGUUAUUGGUGGUUCUGGUGCAAUCCCCCUUCUUGUCAAAAUCCUUAAACAUGGAAGCCCACAAGCCAAGGUAGAUGCAGUGAUGGCCCUCUCCAAUCUGUCUACUCUGUCAAGUAAUCUCAACACAAUUCUUCAAACAAACCCAAUUCCCUCCGUAGUUAAUUUACUCAAAACCUGCAAGAAGUCUUCAAAAACAGCAGAAAAGUGCAGCGCUCUACUAGAGUCCUUGAUGGAUUUUGACGAGGGUAGAACUGCACUAACAGAUCAAGAAGGUGGGAUUCUUGCUGUUGUUGAAGUGCUUGAAAAUGGCUCUCUCCAAAGUCGAGAGCACGCAGUUGGAGCACUCCUCACUAUGUGUCAGAGUGAUCGAUGUAAAUAUAGAGAACCAAUUCUUAGAGAAGGGGUAAUCCCUGGACUUCUUGAGCUGACAGUGCAGGGAACACCCAAGUCUCAGGCAAGGGCACAGACCUUAUUAAGGCUGCUUAGGGACACUCCAUAUCCAAGAUCAGAGCUUGAACCAGACACGCUAGAAAACAUCGUCUGUAAUUUAAUCUCCCACAUCGAUGGAGAUGAUCAGUCCGGUAAAGCGAAGAAAAUGCUGGCUGAGAUGGUGCAAGUUAGCAUGGAACAGAGCUUGAGACAUUUACAGCAAAGGGCUCUUGUCUGCACACCAUCUGAUCUGCCUAUUGCCAGUUGCACUUCCAAAUGAUGAUCAGCUUUUGUUUUCUUCCGUCUUCCUCCUGUGGGUUUGUAUGAUACAAUUUUCCACUGUAGAAAAAAAAAUAUAUAUAUAUAUAUAUAUACAUAUAUAAUAAGAUAUACUUAAGAAGAAAAUGCCAGUCCAGGCCUUUCUCGUGGUAUCGGGUGACUGGUGAGUACCAAAUAAAGUGGAAAUUAUAAUUUUGUACUUGGCUUGUAAAGUAAACCUUUGUAUCAAACGUUAAUUGUAUCAGUAAAAGGUUUUUAUCCUCGUAUUGUCUCCA